GGGUGGGUGGUACAUGGGCGUGUCAAGGAAAAGGGCAGCGAAGUGGACUGGUCUGAUCCGGAAAAGAAAGAGCAGCUAACCAGCUAGCAAUAUUGAUCCUCCUUGCACGUUCCUCAGAGGCGGGGCGUCAGUCUUAACGCCACGGGUCAGAGCAGCAACACUCUCCCCCACACGCCCUGCAUGCACAGCGUUCACUAAGGCCAAUGUGACCAUGCUCGAGGUGUGGCGACGGGGGGGCAAGGCGCUGAAGAACGCGAGUGCCAGGCUGGUGGGGACCAUAGAGGUGGCCUUCUAUUGGUACGGCAGGGCCAUCGCCACCGUGCCGGUCCUCGCCAUCGUGGUGUGUCUGGUGCUGACGGCUGUGUGUGGCAUCGGACUUACUCAGUUCCAGCAGGAGACUCGCCCAGUCAAGCUAUGGACUCCCGACGAUUCAGAGUUUGUGCGAGUGCAAGAGUGGAUGGAAAACAACUUUGCCACAGACAUACGCUUCAACAUGGCCAUCUACGAGGCUGACAACGUGCUGAACAAAAACGUUUUGCUGGAAAUGUUGCGCGUGCACGAAGUUCUGGCCAAUACCACCACCAGUGCCGGCACCACCUGGGACAACACCUGCUGGAGGGUGCAAGCUCUUCCCAUUUUCCCAUUCGGUAGACGGCGGGAAGUUAAUACAUCACAGGAGAGUCCCGAACAUCAACUCAACGACUUCAGCGAUAUUCUUCCCCGAGAAGGUUACUGUGAACGUUUCGAGUCCUUGAGAGAGGUCUGCCUGGAGGGGGGUCUUCUGGACGUGUUCGGCUAUGACCGAGACUUCCUCGCCAGCCUGACGCAAGAGCAGAUCCUGAACGAGAUAAACGACGCCCAGACGAGCACCAUCACCGGCUUCCCUUUCAACGUGACCCGGUACUUGGCGCAAGUCAAGCGUGACAAUGAAGGUUAUAUUGUUCUCGCGCGCGCCGCCUCACACACGUGGUUCACGCGGGUCAACAGGUCAGCCCUGGUGGGUGACGGCUUGGUCAAUGACGCAGGCACAGGCACACAAGUGGACAAGGAAACUAAAGAAUGGGAGAAGCAGGUGGUCGUCAACCUUCUGAACACGACCAAUCGCCCACCGAAGAUCAAGUUUUACCUCAUGUCGGCGUCCAGUUACGGGACAAUAAGUGGCAAACACAUUCGGGAUGACCUGCAUCACCUCGGCUUUGGCUUCGUCGUCGUGUUCGUGUUCGUGGUGGUGAUGCUGGGCCGCCGUAAUCACGUGGAGGCACGGCCGCUGCUGUCUCUGCUUGGCCUGACGUGCGUGGGCAUGGCAGUGCUUAUCUCGUACGGCCUCUGUUCCGCGUGUGGCAUUCCCUACGGACCCGUCAACAGCAUCAUUCCCUUUCUGCUGCUCGGCCUGGGCAUAGACGACAUGUUCGUGAUCCUGGAGUCGUGGCGGUGCUUGACUCCGACGGAGCAGGAGUGGAAGCUGGCAGACCGGAUAGGUGUGACGCUGGGUCGCGCGGGUGUGGCCAUCACCGUCACUUCCCUCACUGACUUCCUGGCAUUUACUGUGGGCAGCACCACUGACCUUCCUGCCCUCAGGUAUUUCUGCAUAUACUCUGCCGUUGGCAUUGCUUCGAUCUACUUCUUGCAGGUAACUUACUUUGUGGCGUGGCUCACCCUGGACCAGCGGCGCCUGGAGGACCGCCGACACGGCUUGCUGUGGUGUUGGAAAAUGUCCCCGACCUGGUCAGCGCGUGACUGCAGCCAGCAUGACUUGUGUCACGAGUUUUUCGCACGUGUGUACGCCAAGGUGUUGUUGCAGCCCUGCAUGAGGAUCACGGUGCUGCUGCUGACGGGCAUCGUGUUCGGGGUGUCCAUCUGGGGCCUGGCCAACCUCAAGCAAGAGUUUGAUCCCAUCUGGUUCCUCCCUCACGACUCAUACUUGCAUCAUUAUUUUGAAAAACAAAGAGAAUACUUCCCUUCAUCUGAGGAACCAGCAUCCGUGUAUUUCGCCAACAUCAAUCUGGUGGAGGAGCUGCCUAAGAUACAGAGACUGACGGAACGCCUCCUCGCCAGCAAGUAUGUGGCUAAAGUUGACAGCUGGGUUGACAAGUAUAUUGCACACUGGGAAGACGCACUCACAGCUGACCCAAAUUUGUUCCCCGAUCGGCUGACGCAAUUCCUGUUCUCAGCCGGCGGCGCACCCUAUCGCGACCGAAAUUUUCGUUUCAAUACGAGUCUGUCAUGCCUAGAGGAUGCCCCGCCUAUCAGGGCCACGAGCAUAGACUUCAGCUACAAGUUGCAGCCAUCUUCCCAGGAGAAGGUAGAGGCGAUGGAGGGUGUGCGGAACAUUGUUCACGGUGCGAAUAUGAGCGGCGAGGUGCGGGUGUGGGCGCGUGUGUAUGCCACUUGGGAAACUAAUAAGGUGAUCAAGAAGGAACUAUUCCGUAACUUGGGUGUGGCAACAGUAGUGGUGGCGAUGACGACGCUGGUGCUGCUGGCAAGUGUAUCAGCCAGCUGCAUGGUGGUGCUGUGCGUGGUCUUCACACUGGUGGACGUGGCUGCCCUCAUCCACUGGUGGGGCCUUACAGUUGACAUCGUGUCCUGUAUAGACCUGGUGCUGGCUGUGGGUCUCUGUGUGGAUUACGCGGCACACGUCGCCCACACCUUCCUCACCAAGACGGGGGAUCGCAUCCAGCGUGCGGCAGACACGCUGGCCACUAUCGGCCCGCCAGUCUUCAGCGGGGGGUUCUCGACCUUCCUCGCUUUCGUCUUCCUGGCAAACUCAUCGUCACAUGUCUUUCAAAGCUUCUUCAAGGUUUGCUUCGGCGUGUGCCUGUAUGGGCUGUACCAUGGUCUCGUCUUCCUGCCAGCGCUGCUGGCCCUGAUCGGCCCAGAGAGCCACAACUCUGUCACGCCGUACCCGGGCACGCCUCGCUCGCCGCGUACGCCUCGCUCGCUGCGUACGCCAUCCUCGUCCAACAGUGUCUUGUCUCCACGAGAGAAGAAAAGUUGUAAUAGCGAUGAAAAAGUCAACGAUGAAGAAAGGACAGAGGCAGUGUCGUGGGAGGAGGACGAGGUGGGCGUGUUUACGGUGGAGGGGCAGGACGGCGGGCCCACGCAAGGCAGCUAGUAAUAAAACGCAUAAAAUAUUCACUGAUCUGGCGAGAACAGUGACCUUGGUGGGAAACAUGGAAACAUGUAGGCAUACUUGAAGUUCAAUCCGCCCAUCAUAAUAUGUUUCUCUUGGUGUGAUUGAUAUGAAAAUACCACUAUAGUGGUUUCCAGACCUUCCCCUCAUCCCACCAGACCACCUAACGAGCAUCGCAUUCAUCCCCUCCCCCGCCCCCUGAUGACAGGCGCAACGUAGUACAAACCAUGGACCGGAGGUAGGAUAGAGGCCGAGAUCCGCACGACUUGAAGUUAGCUAACUGUAAUAAUGUGGUAAGAAGGAAUAUGUUGUCUGUUAGCACAAAUGACCCCAGUUUGUCAUUUCUGAAGGGUCUAAACCAUUUUAUAAACCUAGCCAUGGACGAACGAUGGGGGUGUGGUUGGAUGAGGUGCAGGCGCGCUCCGCCACGCCUCCAACCAAAAUGUGGCGACCAAGGCUUAUUACAUUUGACAGUACAGCAGGCGCGGCUCUCGGCCUCUCCACUUGAGUCUAUAGUCGCUGCAAAGUCUGCCUCUACUUGUACCACUAUAUUUUUUUUCAUACCUUUGGAUAGUCACUUGGAGGAAGAUAAUAGAUAGCACCUCUCAGUGUCCUUGGCAGCUCAGUAUGAUCUGGGAUCAUUUAUACAGCUGAAAUACCAUUCCUUCCUGGAAUGGUGGUUCCUAUGGUUAUUUAUUUACAAUACUAGUAAAU